AUGUCGUACCGUCGCAGCCGGCUGAAGCCGGCGGGUGGCGGCGGCCCCUUGCUGCUGCUGCUACUGCUGUCGUCCUCCCUCGCGCUCCUGGGCUCCUCCGCGGGUGCUUCCGCCCAGCAGCUGCCCCUAGCACGCAAGUCGGGCUCGGAGGUGGAGCUGACACCCGUACCGGACCCUAAUGACCCAAACAUCAACAGCAUCGGCGCCACCAGGGCCACGGAUGGAUUCAAGUGGGGCAAGAAGGAGAAGGAGGAGGAGAAGAAAUCAGUGAGGAACGUCAAGGAGUUCCAGGCGUACAAGCUCAAAAAGUACAUCUAUAUUUACUCCACUAAAAAGUACAGCUUCAACGAGGCAGAGACCUUCUGUUAUGCCAAGGGGUACACACCCGUGCCGUACGAGAAACGUGAGCAUCAAGAAGCGGUAAACGCGAUCUGCUACGAGAGCGGUCGCGGCUGCUGGGUCGGUGGCCAGCAAGGCAACUACUGCGCCUACGUCGAUCCAGACGGAAACGGCAGUGCCUACGCGCGCUACUGCGACGAAAAGCAGUACGUGCUGUGUUACGGUAAAAUACCGUGA